GUCAAAUCACCGCGUGUCCUCGAAUCCGCCUUCUCGAUGGAAUGCACCCUCUACGCUGCUCACGACAUCCCAUCACCUGCCACCGGCAAAGUCUCCACCACGCUCAUUCUCGGACUCGUCAAAUAUAUACACGUCAGGAAAGACGUGUUGACGGAGAAUAAGACGGUGGAUCCGGCGAAGUUCAGGGCGGUGGGAAGGUUAGGGGACGUUACUUAUGCGAGGGUGGGCGAGGGGUUUAGGUUGGCGAGACCGCAGUGGGAGGAGGAGAAGGAUAAGAUAGAACAGAGUGGUGGGAAGGGAUCGGGGCCGUCUUUGUGA